CAGUCGUCGUUGUUCAGUGUCGUUGGCAGGUCGUUGUGCGCGCUGCCUUGUUUCGUUUGUGAUUAUUGUGUACUGUGCGAUUUCGGAUUAUCAUCAACUGGAGUUAGAGGAUUAUUCUCGUCCAAUUGAACUGGAAAUACUCAAUUCAGGAAUUGGGAGACUUCUGCGAGCUGAUGAUGCGAUAACUGCUCCGAGAUGCUCCGUGGACUUCUGUUUUUCGCCUUCACCCUCUCAAGGGCUUCAGCGGACUUAAACCCGGUUGUGGUGGCCUCGUCGCCCAACGGAGGGUCGUCUUCAGGGUCUGCGCCCAACUCGAGAUGUGAAGAAAUCACGAUCCCCAUGUGCCGUGGGAUCGGCUACAAUAUGACUUCGAUGCCCAACGAACUCAACCACGAUACCCAAGAGGAAGCCGGACUGGAGGUCCACCAGUUUUGGCCCCUUGUGGAGAUCAGGUGUUCUCCCGACUUGAAGUUCUUCCUGUGCUCCAUGUACGCCCCUAUCUGCAUAGAAGACUACCACAAGCCCCUGCCAGCCUGCAGGAGCGUCUGUAUCAGAGCCAGGGACGGCUGUGCACCACUUAUGCAACAGUACGGCUUCCAAUGGCCAGAGAGGAUGGCCUGUGAGAAACUUCCAGUGCACAACAGUGACCCGGACAACCUCUGCAUGGAGCAGAACAAUCGGACCGAUAUGACGUCACACUAUGCCCCGGUUACUCCUGCAACAAGGCCUACUAAGAAGCCGAGUAGUACGACGACCCGUUGCAAGACCGGGAAAAAUGGAAAGUGCCGGGAACCCAACUCGCUUUACCCUCUGGGGGAGUUUGCUCACCCCAACGGCAAAGACUGUGCUUGCAGAUGUCGGCCACCACUCAUCACUUUGGAGAGAGACAAUUUUCUGUACAACAGGAGUAUUUCGGUGGCUGGCGUAGACAAUUGUGCGUUCCCAUGUCGAGGCGUCUUUUUCACCCAGGAGGAAAAAGAAUUUGCGUCAAUUUGGAUCACGUUAUGGUCAGGACUAUGUGCGGUGUCUACACUGAUGACUUUGACUACUUUUUUGAUCGACACUGAAAGAUUCAAGUACCCGGAGAGACCCAUAGUUUUCUUGUCAGCCUGUUAUUUCAUGGUCAGUGUAGGAUAUCUGAUAAGAGUGGCGCUUGGACAUGAAGAAGUUGCAUGUGAAGGAAGGAUGAUAAGGUACAGUGCGUCAGGACCCAUACCAUGCACUUUAGUGUUUCUUCUAAUCUACUAUUUUGGAAUGGCUUCUUCAAUAUGGUGGGUCGUUUUGUCCUUCACUUGGUUUCUGGCCGCCGGUUUGAAAUGGGGAAAUGAAGCUAUUGCCGGAUACGCACAGUAUUUCCACCUUGCUGCUUGGUUGAUACCUACUGUUAAGUCGGUUGGGGUGUUAGUAAUGGCUGCUGUGGACGGGGAUCCUGUGGCAGGAAUUUGCUAUGUUGGUAACCAGAAUGCUGAUAAUCUUCGCAUCUUCGUAUUGGGACCACUCUUCGUCUACCUGCUUCUCGGAACUUCUUUCUUACUCGGUGGAUUUGUGUCUUUGUUCAGGAUCCGCAGCGUGAUCAAGCAACAAGGUGGAAUCGGUGGAAGGAGUAAAGCCGACAAGUUGGAGAAGUUGAUGAUCAGGAUAGGAAUUUUCAGUGUGCUGUACACUCUCCCUGCCACCACGGUCAUAGGAUGCCACUUCUACGAGUCUACUCUCUACACGGACUGGAUGACCCCCUUAGUGUGCCCUUGUAACGAAACCGUUGCUCACCAUAGGGCUCGCUUCCGUCCCCUCUACUCCGUGCUGAUGCUGAAAUACUUCAUGGCUCUCGCCGUAGGAAUCACCUCUGGAGUCUGGAUCUGGUCAGGGAAGACUUUGGGAUCUUGGAGUCGUCUUUGGAGGAGGCUAUUCGGUGGAGGUCACGGUCACGGGCAAGUCCUCAUCAAUUCCGGAAAACAACGGGUGAUGAAGCAGCAGUACCUGGUCCCCGUGGUGCCGGCCCCCAGCAGCACCCUCCUCACGGGCCCCCACGUCGCCCCCGGCAGCAUCCCCACGUCCGGGAGCCUACACCACCACAUGAUCAAGCAGGCUCAGCAAGCCCCGCUGACCCACGUAUGACAGAAGCCCCACUCCGAGACCCCCGACUCGGCCCCUGCCCUCAGCAACUACGGGCCCAUAUAGUUGUGGGCCGGUCAGGUGACUCGGUUGUAAGUUCUAACUUAACUCAGAUUUAGCUCAGCCGGAACAGACAUGACUCUGUUGUUUACAUUAUUUUGACAUUUCACUUUAUUUUAAACGUUAGUUUCAACAUCUACUUGAAUUAUGUGACGUUUAUUCCAUACUCUAUUCAAAGUCAACUGUGUUCAAUUGUGAUCAGUUACGACUGAUCUUUCAUGUAAUACUAAUCUUUUUUAUUGUAAAUUUUGAGUUCGCGCAAGCUUUUGGAUUAAUAAAUCAACAAAGCAUUUCGACAUUUGAACCCACUUGGUAUAUCUUCACUCGUGAUACAGAAAUCGAUCCGGAACCUUCAUUGUUGGAUACUCGAUCAUCCCACAUCGAAUGAUACCGAUGCUCGCUUCUCGAUGAUGUGUGACUAAACACAAUCGGCUCUUGAGAGGAUGACGAGUUGUGAGGCCGAGAGGAAAACAAACACUCCCAAGAAGGCAGGCGAAAGCCUGAUGUCAUAGUGAUUGGAUGGACCACGAGUGCUCUCCGAUCGAGCCGUGACCGAGGAACAAAGCUGGAGAGUUCUUGGCGCUGCCACGACUCGGGUGAAUUUGUAACUAGUUUGUCCGAGACACGCCAGUCAUGGCACCUGGACAAGCACUUGACUGCGAGCCGUUCGUCUUUUGUUCCUGCUUAGCUGUGCGAUUUUCGAGUGCUCUCGUGGGGUUAGGAAUUUCCAAAACCUUCACCACCAGUUUUCUUUUUCGUUUGCCAAAAAGAAAAAAGAAAAGCUAUCCGAUUUAGGUCUACUUCCACACUUUGUAGUAGCAUGUAGGAACGCGUGACAUUUGUAAAUUAAAAAAUGUUUCAGUCUCAAUUUACCUUCAAUAUCAAAUUGAACAUCUCAAUUCCGCGUUGAAAGCAUUUAGUAUUUUCAAAGCCGUUCCAAAGCGUUACCAGAUGAUUGAUUGAAACUUGUAUCAUCCCAGGCGUAAACUUCCAGGCCGAUUGACAGCCGUCCGGAGUUGACAAAUUCACUGGGAAAACAUUGACAAUUGGAUUGGCCUCUAAUAAACAUUCCGUCGUCGGCGGAAUGCAAUUACAUCGCUUCGCCCGCUUAUUGAUCACAUCGUCGGUCAUGUCGGUGUCCCACAGCCAUCCGCUUGCGUCACUUGCAUCGCGUGCUCCUGUAUCUUGUACUGCGGUUCUCACCGGAAUUUAUAGCCGCUGCAGCCUCUCAGUUCUAUUAAUUUAUCCUCUGAUCGACGUUUAGAAUCCGCAUUAGGUUAUUACCUCUGGGACUCCGGUUAGGUUCGUUCGUGUGCGAUUAUCUUCAUAUUUAUGACUGUUCCGUAGUAAUGGAACAUAAGGAGUUAAUUUAAUGUUCGAGUUCAUUGUUCAUGCACUUUUACGACAUCCUGGUUUCAACCUUUAAACAUUUAGAAGUUGAUAAAAUUAUUUUAAACAAAUUUUAACGCUUCGCCUAGCAAACAGUGCUCUUUUUCUUAAAGAGUGUUUUCAUUGUCUGCUCCCUUAAGAUCUAAUAAUGAACGCACAUUAUUCCCAGCUCAAUUACAAGUUCCAACAUAAGUUGUGGUAGAAGUUGCGUAUGAUAUGUACCUCUAAGUUAUUUUAACUUCAAUUAUCUUCGAGUAUAUUAAGAAUAUGGACUACCACAAUGUUCCUUACUUGGACCAAUUUUUUUUCCAUAAGUGAUUGUGAAGAUUAUUAGAUCUUGCAGACUGAUAGGAGAGUGAAAUUGGCCGAUAAUCUACCAUUUCAACGGUAGUUCAAGAAGCAUGUCAAACGGAGCGCCGCCAACAGAAAUCAAAUAACGUCGCAGUAUGGGGACUGAUUGCAUUACCCCCUCGCACGUUCGCGGGAGUUCACUCUGAUUGCGCAAACUUUCGCAAUUUGCCGAGUACUGCGCUUAUUGAAUCCCCUUUCUUUGACUGUACGCAACAGUAAUUCAGUCACAAAUCGUCUUUUUAACCUUUGUACCAUUCGCUGUCGCUUUCGCUUUCACCUUGGCGGCAUUUGACUCUGGACGGCUUUGAAGUCUUUGAGCCACUUCUGUUUUAUUUGUAUUUCGGGCAAUUAUUACGUCAAAUGCGCUUUCGUUCACAGCUAGACUCGUCUUUUUCAAAGAAAGCGUUUUUGCAAUUUGCUUUCCAUUUUCAUUAGCCCUUAACUUUAUUAUUCUUGAGCCUUUGUGAUACUUUGAUCCCUCGUUUAAUGCUUACUUACAAUUGGAUAAUUAUGAAGAUAGCAACUGGCAAUCGUAAAAUAGUUCGCACCAAGACCUUUUCGACCUCUCGACUUUCUCAUAAAAUUUAUUUUCGUAUUUAAGAGCAACUUCUACGAGCAAACGUGUGCAAAAACUGUACGCAGUUUAAAUGACAAUGCCACUGGAAAUGCAAAAAUCAAAGCUGUAAUCAGUGAUAAUCACUCUACGAACAAAACCAGACCGACGCGCGUAGGUUUCCCGACCCAUAAAUACAAAUUGGUCCCCGGAUCGCAGCCAUGCGAGAAAUUCCAAUAAGCCGCGAUUGAAAAUAAAUUAUGAAAAAGGCAAUCGCAAUCCGCAAUCCCACCCAUAUCGGAAAACAAUCCAUCAUUUAACGCAGGAUUAGUGCGUGCUGUUAUAGGAUCCGCGGCCAACGUUUAGCUUCAUACAUUUGAGAGAACUCGUGGUUUUUAAUCCGUCUCUUUCUCGUUACAUAAAGCAUAUGUGUCACACAUAGCAGCAUUGUACACGUGUAUUUCGUCACUGCACCAGUAAUUGCCAUAAAUUUACGUACGUCUACCAUUCUAAGUUAGAUCUUAUGUUGUAUUAAACGUCACAUAAUUCGAGUAGACAGCAGGGUUACCAAUAAUACCCCUAUGUGUUUAUGUUGAACUUAUUGUGGUAAGAGAAUUCUCUGGAGUAUUGAAACUGAAGCAAUAUUGAACUUGAGAGUAUCCCGGGCACAUUACUCGGGCAGAUCAUUUAUUUUAAGUGUGUUAUAACGUAAAAGAGAGGACUAUUUUUUAGCAUAUGUGAACCGAUAUACGUAAUAAAGUGAUGCACAAUACGUGGACUUAUUUUGUAGGUAAUCUUUAUGAACGUGUAAGUAGUACUGCCAGCAGGAAUACAAUAAUUUAUACUUUGUUGAUUGUAAAUAUGUAAAUUGUUUUUGUGUACAUAAGAAUUAUAUAUGUACAUAUAGAUGUGUACAGAGUGUAUAUGUUUGUAUUUAAGCUUAUUGUCAUGUAUGGCUAAGUUAUUGUAAUGUAUGUUGUCUUAGAGUAGAUUUGGAAUAUGGACUACCACAAGGUUCCUUACUCGGGCCAAAUGUUUAAUGAAAUGCUGUGGAAUAUAAUGUUCCCUCUCUGUCUGUAGAAGUUACACAAAAAUCCCAUUAUGAUCCAAUGUCACUGUUGGGGAGCUAGCCACCCUCGUUUCUCUUGCUACCGAAGUUCCCGGAUAUAAAUGGCGGGGCAGUGUAGCUCGGCAGGUUCCCAAAAGACCUCAAUCUCUCUAUAAAUCCCCCACGGUAUCCGAGGGUACCCCAGUUGCGAGAUAGGCGCGUAAAUAACCGACUACUAUCAGAGUGAUCUAUGUUCUGCCCCGGGUUGUGUGAUAGAGGGGUGGAGAGGGGUGAAAGUAACGAAACCUUGACAAAUUACCAACCACCGAUCUCCACACGGAUGUUUUAUCGUGAGGGCUUUUUUGCUCGUCGAAAUUACCCUCUGCUUCCGGCUUACUUUUAUUUUACACCAUCCUUUCUUGUAGUUUCUUUUGUUCGUCGUGGCUAGGUCUAAAAUUUUCGUUUUUAACAUACUUGUCUAAAGUCAAAGAAAAUGUCGAGAUCAAUAUAUAUUUUGAUAUUAUGCAAAUAAUUUUCAAUAUUUAUAUGUAAAAGUAAGUGUAUUUAUUCUUCAAAUAAAUUCUUGGUCGAGGAAGCAGGAUAGUUCAAGACUGACCAAUACCAAGCUUCAAUCCAAUUACAAUUAAUUUAUUGUCUGGUAAAAAAAUAGGGAAUGGUGGAUCUCAUUUUGAUUUUAUCAAAUUCAUUCCAUUUGCCCUUCGUGGUCCACUUAAUUUCAACUUUACCCCUAUAAACAGGCAUGUACUAAAUGUAUCACAGUUCAAUCAUUUAUAGCCGUCCCGUAUAGUUACAACUGCACCACAUCCCUUGAGACUAAGCCCAAUAUACCGAAACUUUGGCGCCCUGACAGGGACCAAUAAAAAUAAAUCACGCGCCAUCCCACGAACGAGCCAUUUUGAAGCUUCAUUUAACGCCAUCGGACGCCUGACAAAUGACGACAAAUAAACAGUCCAUUGUUCCUGCGUUGGCUCGUACAAUGCGAUCAGUUCAGGACUGACAGGACGCUGUUAUGUGUCAAAACACGACGUGUUUGUUCAGCGGUUGGCAACCCUGCAUAUGACUUCCGGCGCUAACAGCUGUUUUGGCGGAAACACGCCACUUUCCUGGGAAUUCACUUUGGUUACAAAUCAUUUCCCAAAUUUGUUCCCUGUCAGACAACUGGUGAAACGUGUUUAAUACCUGGCUUUUCUAUACUGGAAAUUACUUAUUUAGAGGGCUAUGUAAUGUUUUAAAUACCAAAGGAAAUGUAUAUUUUGAAAUCUAAAUGUUAUGUAUUAAUCUAAAGUUACAAAAGUAUUUGUAAAUAAUGGCAAAGUAAUUAAAUUCAAAAGAAUAACAUAAACUUGUUUUAAUAAAUAUUUAUGUUUUUACGAUUUUUAUAAUUAUUUUUUUAGAUUUCUUGUAUAAAACCUCUAAUAAUCAUCAUUUGUUGCAAAAUGUUUAUAGCAAUAAUCGUAUAUUUACAGAAACAAAUUAUUGGUUGUUGUAAAAUUUGUGCAGUGUAAUUUGGCUAACAAAACAAUGAUGACAAUGCAGUUUUUGUAAAUGUAAGAUUCUGGUUCAGUCAAACGGAACACGCGGUUUCUAACCCCAAUUCUUGUCAAGAGACGAGAAGAGUCAGACGACAGAAGCCACCGUUUACGAGCGACGGGAGAUUGCUUGGGUUUAUUGUCACAAUUUUAUUAUAAUACGCGCACUCUAGUUUCCACUCUUGGAGGUUGGCACGCCUGAACCGCACAGGAUUUUAUGUUCGUCAUCACGCAGAGUGAUGUAAUUUUUACAUAAAUACGUUCAUGUUUUUAAAAUUGAUUGACUGUUACUUCACAUCAGUGACUGGCUUUUAGGAAGAUUGAUUAAAGGAUCAACUCAAACUAAUCAAAUUCUGCUGCGAGCGUUUCCCUAACAAAUCACAUCUGUUAUGAUAUGUCGCAAUUCGUCAGCUUUCACUCCCGAGCCGAUCUGGGUUGGCAGCAGUGGGCGUUAAUCAGCUGGCCGAUUGUUGGCGCGCAAUUAAUCCGUGUUAGUUUUAUAGGUUAGGUGUAACGUUUUGCAAUCAUAACUAACAAUCACACGACUUGUUCUCGUACGUUAUUUAUGGCCGCUGAUUUAUUAGAUACGUUUAUUAUGCGGCCAAACAGGUUUGUGUGUUAGCGUGUCCCGCAAGAAUGACGAUGCAACGCUUAUUUUUUACGAGCUGAUGUUUUCGUGGCUAUUAUUUAUUCAACAAGUCCCUCUCCCUCUGUCUGAAAGUUUCCCAAUACUUUACUUCGUACAUUAUGUCACAUAUACAGUUACUUUUAAUCACCAUAAAUAAUCGUUUUGCCUACUCUCUUUUGAAAGCUUUGCGUAUUAUUCAGCCGUAAUUGAAGUGAGAGACUCUGCAUUUUGAUACUGCCAAGUAGGCCUAUGUUAACGUUAUUGUUGAUGUAUUUACUAUUCAGUAUGGAUUGUUUCUUGUAAUAUCACUUCGUAAUAACCCUCUUGCUUUUUCCAAUAUAUAAUACUGAUGAGGAAUGAUGUACAUAAAGCACUUGUGAAAGUUUGGGGAACGGUUAAGGGAAAACAAAAACGAAAUAGUGAUGAAAGAAAUCACUUCGAUGGCUCUACACUUGUGUCUAAAGCCCCGAUUCAGCCCACACGUCAUCACAUUAACAAGAGCAGCUCAAGCUCCCGCCAAGUGGAAAUGGGGUGAAAAGUCAUCAGGGAAAAAUUUCAGAAACCCGACACGAGUGAUAUCGGCCUGUAGUUCACCAGAGCGGGCCGGUCUCCAUUUAAUCCUCGUUGAAAUGCAUGUCUCCAAUCUCUUAGUGAGCUCGGCCGACAAUCGCCGUCAGUCGGAUACGAAGGCGGCAGGUAGCUGCGUCGCGGCGAUACAAGCGUCGUGGCGCAGGGUGUAAUGGAUCCGGGGGGUUGGAGGCGUGAGGCUCACUCCCCUCUAGCACUUGACACAAUGAGCCCCUCACGCCAAAGGUUUCUUUCAUGUUUUCACAAAUGAAAAUACUGCACUCGUAUUACAAAAAUGACCUCGCUUUGCCAUAUGUCGCCGCUGCAUCGAUCCGGCGUAAUGAUCUGUUCUACAAAGGUUUUGUCUGGGUUUUUGUCGCCUUUUUAUUUAUCCCACCACUGUCCGCCAUUGAUACAUUUAUACGUUCUCCGUUCCGUUUGUGAGCUGCAACGCAUUGUGCAUAUAAAGGGUUGAAACUCUUUUAUCUUCCUUGUUUUGUUCCGUGUCUUUCAGGUCGGCACUAUGCCGUUAUUAUAGGGAUCGGCGGUUGCAGACUUUUGUGUUGCGGCUUUUACUAGUAUUUUUACGGAGGGGUUUCAAUGGGUAAUGUGAAUUGGAUCCGCCUCCACUGAAAGCAUGUUAUGAUUAAAGGUUGCUGGUUCACUGUGUGAUCUUUGUUCCAAGUUCGUAGGCUGCAACAUUGUUUUAGCCUUAUCCGUGUUUCCCCUAACAUCUAAUGUGUCGUGCGUUCACCCUUCUUCAGUAUUCUUCCAGCAACCUCCAAAUAAUGUGAUAUAUCAAACAAAGCCUGGGUUCUGAGCAGGUUUCAUAAUCAAGGAUCAAAGGCUACGUGUACUUUUAGAAGUAUUCAACACAAGAUAGUAAAGCGCAAGGAUGACAUAUUGAGGACGUUUUAGGCUAAUGAUAACAUUAAACACAACCCCUUUCAGAAACCAGACAUUGAAAAUCUGUAUGAUGCUUUUACUAACGUAUCUGUAAGCGAAUUUGGUUUCAUUAAUGAGCUAAUUCACCCUACAAGCAAACUUACCCUCUGUUGACGAAAUCAUGUAAAAGUACAACUUUGCCGUCUGAUACGCUCAAUUCGCCACACCCGCUUCACAGAGCCGGGGACAACGACACGCUAUUGUCCUUGUGUUUGACCACGUUCCCAGAAGUAACCCUUGCUUUGUGCCGUGAUCGACAGCUACCCUCCCCUCUGUGCGACAGCACGUGUUCCAGCCACUCCCGCAGCGUAUGGGCGAUGUCACCCGCCGAUAACUGCAAAUUGAGGGGUCGCAACUACCAGCUGCUAAACGGUGGAACAGUCCUGGUAGUUUUGCAUCUGCGGUAGGGCUGAAGUGAGUUUUGGUAACGAUUUUCGUACUUCACAACACAUAUCAAAAGUUGUUAUGAGAUGUUCCUUUCAGUAAAGUACGAGUCCUGGUAUUCCCUUUUUAUUCAGUUACAGUUCCCAAAAAGGUCAUUCAAGCAUGUCUGAAGUAUGAAGUCAAAAACCUUUUGCAAGGUGCGAGAAGAUUUAGAAAUUUCAAAGGAUUUCUUCACUUUUCAUUUGCAGCGAUGAUCUCAAAUUUUUGUUCACCUAAACACAGAAUUCCUAAUAAUGUAUACCGUUAUCCAAAAUUAAUUAGGGUGUCUUCGGUAACGACGCUGUUGGACGCUUAUUUUUGGAAACUAAGGUCACUGGACAAUGCUACUGAAUGCGCUCUGACAUGCCCUCGCCUUGCUCGCACACGCAGGUGGACUCGAGACACGUCCUCCCUCUCAUCAAGCAGCCAGAAGGGCCGGCGCCUUUGAUACCACGGGAGACGCGGGGUGUGCUCACAAUGCCUCCUCAAGGGUGUCGGGCUAGAGCACGCUUCCACGCACCCCUUUUGUUUUCCCUUCAUUAUUGAAUCACUUUAAUAGUUCCGCCUUUUGCUUCCCUUUCAUCUUCCUCUGUACGCCACUGUUUCAAUCCUGUAAUUGGACCGAACGGCGCAGAGCGAAGCAGGAUCUGAACACGGCCACUGAAAGGAGGGUAUUUGUGUCACCGCGUCUUUUGUUCCUGCUCGCGCUCUCCCCGUGUUAUUUUAAUUAUCCCGCCCAGGUAAAGCUGGCUUCGUACUUGCCUCCAGUGAGCUUCAUCAUACACAUGGGUCGCUCCCAUCGGUCGAUAUGUGUUUGAUCCUUCGGGUUGAAACAUUCCCUCGACAGUAUUCCAAUAGCGUCGUAAAAUAUCCCGCAAACUUUUCACAGUGUGAUGUACACUUCUGAAGAGAAGUUAUUUUAUAAAAUACAUUACAGUUCAAGUCGUGAUCAAGCAUUGCAUCAAGAGCAACAUAAUUUGAAUUGCAUUAAGAGUUAGAACAAGAUAUCCUUCUGGGAGCACUUGGUGGGGUUUUGGCAAUAGUUCUUUUUUUCGGAUUCUACUUUGUUGUUCCAUCUUGGCAGCAUAUGUUUCAGGAAGAAUUGAAAACUUGCACACAUGUUAAUUUGUAUCAACUGAAUCGUUUAGGUGCUAAUUUAAAAUGCCAAAUUCAAUUAAAGGUGAGACUAUUCAAGUUCUGUAUCAUGAACAUCCUAAAUCGAACCCAUGACUUUGAAUUCUCUAUCGCUCUUAUUGAUGCCAUAAUGUUGAAGAUGGAACAAAUAUUUGGUUGAGGACCAAAUUUCCAAUGACUCACAGCAACCGGAUAGCUCCCCAUUUGUCCCUAAUGGACUCUCACACCCUCUGAUUGUCUAGCCGGGCGGGGGGUGAGGGGAGGCUGCUCUUAAAUGCUCCUGUCAAAGAGAAGGGCUGAACAUCUGAUCAGUUUCCCACUGCUUUUGUUAUGUCACUUUAAAAGCUUCUGUUAGGCCCGGGUUAGGUUAGGUUAGAGAUUGGCAGCGCGUGGACACAGUUUCCGGACAAACAUAAGCUACCGUGAAGUGCUUUUCUCGGUCCUCGGGUGUAAAUACAGGCAAUCUUUGGUUUAAUUGUGUAAUUUGUAUUGCUACUCAUCUUCUAGUGGGUGAGAAGUACUUCGCGUGCGAAACGACAUUUUUCAUUCCGGAUUCUCCCAAACCCCUAUGGAAAAUAAAAUAUUGUGAUAACUUUUUUAGUAACUCUCAUAACCGGAAGGAUACAAUUUGAACAUAUACUAUUCUCUCAAAUCUUUCACGUAUUAUAAGACCACAUAUUUUAAAACAUUUUCUUGAAGUUUUGCAUAAACCUACCUUAUUUGAGAUAUUUUGGAUGCAUUUGUUAUUUGGUCAGCUAGCCUACGAAUAUUAGAGAUCUAAGAAGUAGAACCUCUUUACGUUAUUCAUCUCGGAUAAUUUUCUCUGGUUCUCAUUUAAGAGGUUCUCUUAAAUAUUUAGCUGAUAAAACAUCAUUUUGCAGUUAAUGGUAAUAGGCUUGUAGUCAUCCAUAGUUAAGAAACGAAAGGUUUUGACAAAGACCUUCCAAAUAUAUCUUCAAAAAAUCGUAACGACAACUUUGUUUUUGCAUGAGUAACAAAAAGCUUUAAUUCUUUAUGAAAAAAGUUCAAAUUACGUUAAUCAUCUAGAAUAGUUCAUUGAUAGCAAAAUAAUUUAAAAUUCCUCUAGGUUCUUAAACAUUUACUUUUUCAUCUUAUUGAAAUUUUACGAUUUCGGAAACCAGUAUUGGCCCAUUUUACUUUAGAAGGGAAAUCAUGAUUUAGAAGUCCUGACGUCACAGUUUGUGACGAACUGUGUGUUGACGUGACAACGACCCCCGUUCGCGGUUCGUUAGCUUUUAUCGCCCAGGGCUUCUUUCCGUCACCUGCGGGCGACGUGGGGUGAUACACGCGCCCUACCGGGGCAUUUACAAAGUAUCUUGUGAAUUUCGUUUCUGUCUCCAAAAUACUAUCACAAGGGGGUAUCCAGUAUCUCCGACUGAAAAUGCGUGUUAUAGCUAAAGUUACGCUUUGUUGGCUUUGUUUUGUUCGGUCAGUGGUUCUAGUUUAUUUGAGAGUAUACUAAAAACCACUGGAUGCUUUUUAACAGAAAAAUUUUAACAGAAAUUGAACAAUGUGGUUUAAAUAUUGUGGAUCACUCGUACUUUAUUUUUACGAAAUUUGCUUUGGAGAGACAGGAGAAAUUUCACUCCGUACUAUUGAAGGAGAGUUAGUGGUUCUAGUAUAUUUGAGAGUAUACUAAAAACACUGGAUGCUUUUUAACAGAAAAAAUUGAACUAUGGGGUUAAAACAUUGUAGUUCAUUCGUACUUUAAUUUUUCGAAAUUUAGUUUGGAGAGACAAAAGAAGUUUUGAAGAAAAGUAAGUUUUAUUUCAAAAUAUUUCACCUGACCAUUGCAACAAAAUUUGACCCGGAUCUCUCUAGCUCUCCAGAUUUCUUUCAUAAGAAGACUUUGAUGUAUAAGUCUCUGCUCAGUAUGUUACAUAACCGUGGUGUAGAGGGGGUGAUUAACCCCCUCAUCAUCUUCUAGACUCUUUCAAAUAUUCACGGACCGCUUUAACUCUACUCGGCCUCUAAGGAUAUUUUAAAGACGCCUUUGACACGGACCGCUCAUAGUCGGGCCAAUAAAAGAGAUAAGUCGCGGAGGUAAGAAAACGGCUUUUAGUGGACGUGUUCCGCAUUCCCUUUGGGUUUAAUAUUUAACACUCCCGCGCAAUAAGAAGGGGAACAGGACAAGUAGCAAUUUGGCGACUCAAAGCACUACUCACAUCACUCGGGUCUUUCCUUCCCUUCCGCCUUCUUUCUGCCUUCACUUUGUACUGCCCCUUUGAUAUCGCGCUCUCGUGGUCUUUGUGGGGUGCGGAUUGUGAUGACGUCAAAACAGGUGCUGCUCACACUCGUAUAUUCCUUGUGGUGGGUACAGUAUUGAUCGUCCAGUACGUGUAUGCCGGUUUACACGAGAUGUGUACCUCAACCUCCUGAGGACUGUCCAAUGCCUCGGCCGGAUUAACAUUAUUUAGGCGCCUCUUUCUUAAUGCAGGAUCAAUACAUUUGGUAUUUCUCUCCCAAAGUAAAAUUGUAUUAGUACUCUUCCCAAACAAUUUAUGUAUUUAAUACAUAUUACGUCAAAAAUUGUUAUCCACGCAUUCGUUGCGUCUGCAUUUAUAUUUCUGGUGUUGGCCAUGGGUAGGUUAAUAGGAAAUACUAACUGUUUAAUUACCUAAAAUUUCAAACCGAUUUGUCCAUUUCAGGACAGGGCUGCAUGUACAAUUUACAUUUUGGGGACCCACACAAAGGAAUAUUUUCUUAAUGGGAGAGGGUGGAAUCGGAUAGCAUUAAUUAAUUAAUUCGAUGAUAAAACCUAAUUUGCGAACAAUGAUGAAUUUGAGAAUGAACAACACAAAUCUAUACAAUUUUAUUAGGACUAAUUAAUUUGCAUUAAAAUAUUUUUGUCUAAACAGUAAAAUCUCAGUGGUUUGGGAUUCAAGAAACGUUUGCCCGUUUUAAAUACUUCCCAGGAGAACAGGGCGAGGGGUAUUUUUAAGCCUUCGGAGUCAUAAAAUGGAGGUCUAAUUGAGCACAAUCAUGCCCGGCCUGUGAUAACUACAAAGGCCACAUCCUUUCUGAAUUCCUCUUGAAGCUCCUCUUGAAGAACGGCGCGCGUCUUCUCGAGUGCCAUCAAGUGUCUGACCCUCUGUUAGUAAACGUCUGGGCGCGGCUCUUUCCAAAAACCGGCGCGUCGGGGCAAAAACCGGGCCAACGGGGACUUGAUUUGUUUAGUGUCAGGGCAGGGGUGGUUUUUGGGGCAAUUAGUGAGGAUGGAUUGGACAAGGAACGGGGGACGAGAACCACCUGGCAUCCACACGCACACACGCUCGCAGCAGCAUCAUUAGUUUAUCCAGAUCAAUGAUUGCAUUACGGUCACCAUGGCAACAGAACAUUGUUGCCAUCCCCUCUCCCCCGUCUUCCCAUUGUGUUUUUAAUUACAUUCACUAAAAGACCGCCAUUGUCUCCUGUGUAUCCUGGAGUAAUUAUUCCAUUGUGGGGCCACUUCUUCGGUCGCAGCCCAGGACGGGAUGACCAAGUACGGCGGUAAUUUAGAAGAAUACCCGGCACAGCUUUCACAAUAAGGGAUUUGCUUUUCAAAUGAGGGAAUGAGGGAGAUCCAUUGAGUGGACGCACAGCCGGGCUUAACGUAUACGCUUCCCUUGUAAUCUUUUUAGCCGGCUAUUCAAAUUGUUCACUUACUCGGCUCUGGCGAUUAUAAAAGUGUUGAAUUGGGUAGCCUUUAGACCGUGCCUUCUUUCAUACUGACAUAAUUUUUAAUUAUUGUGUCCUCCAAGGAUUUAUUCAAUUAGACAAGAUCUAACAUUUCCCGUUCUUAGAAUUAAUUUGACUUUCCAAACUUUUACCUCUACUGGUACAUUACAUUUGGACAUUUAAAUACAAAUAGACAGAUUCCCAGAAGACAAGAACAUAAAACCGAAACUUAACGGUGGCUCAGAUUGUUAAGCUUGUCCUUGAGGUGUCCAGACGCUUGUUCAUGGGCAUAAACUUGUACAGCCCAAGGACAUCCGAGAAGAUGCGGGUACCCAGGUCCCAAACAGAUAGACAGACAGACCAGAGAGACAGACUCUCCUGCUUUCUCAGCCGCUUGUUGUUUACCGAUAAUGGGUGGUUUAUUUCCAGCUUGUUUAUUGAUCCAAGCAACAAUAACAUCCUAGCAUUGUUGGAUUUGGACUGUCUGAGCGCACGCCCCCAACGUGUUCUAUCCGUGUGUUGGUGCAAGGUCCUGAAAAUAGCCUAGGGAUGGAAUUACCGCACGUAUUAAAAUUAUGUUUUAUAAUUUCAGGAUUUGUUGAAUUAUUGCCUAAUGUGUUAAUUUUAGUCAGGUGGUUAGUUUUUUUAAAAGAAAGAUAAUAUUUUCGGUGAUUCUAAAUGCAACUAAGUAAAAAAAUAUGCAUUUGAUUGUAAAUUUGAACUAAACACCUUUCGUUAUUUUAUUAUUAAUACAUGAAAAACAAAAGCGUAUACCCUUUAGUGACAAUAUGUAUCCCAUAAUCUGCAUUAUGUUAAAAAAUAUUUUAUCUUAAAAACCUGACCUACGAAAAAUUGAUAUUGAAAAGUAGGCUUCGAUUGAACGAAAAAGAAGAAAAUUGUUGGACCCAGUACGGAACCUUGUGUCAGUCCAUAGUCCACCAUUAUGUUCCUGUCUUAAUUAGGUUAGGCAUGGUCUAGUCAUAUGUUAGUGCCAUACCAAGUUGCCACUGUGGCUGUAUACGACUAUAUCUCUGUUAUCAGGUUUGACCCUUUGUUAUCACAACUUAUCACCAGUUAUGUGUUUUUAUACGAUGAUAAUUAAAUUAGCUUAGAUAGUUACUGAUUUAUUGCCAUAAGUGGGAGAUAAAUAAGGAGUACUGUAUUUUUGUGCAAUUAUUUGUGAAACACAUUGUUCGUAUUGUUGGAAUCUGUUUUUGUUCUGGUUCCUCAACUAUUGUAUGUUAAACAAUUUGAGUUAUUCUUUAAAAAUGUCAGCUAUGUUUGUUUAUACUGUAAGUAGUUCUUAAAUUAAAUAGACAUUAAUGGCAGACAAAUUCUUUGAAAAUGUUUAACAAAACUGAAAAUCUUGUGUAUUGUUUUUGUUAAACAAUACUCUAAUUUUCUAUGUUUACUCACAUUCCAAUAAAUUUUCUAAUGUAAUUUUCAUUAUAAACUCUUUUGAAAGAUACUCUUUAUAUAUUCUUUUGUUACUUUGUUGUUUUACCCACAAAAACUCUUCAUUGAUUUAAUGUUUAUAAAAUGCAGGUUUAAUGCUAGCUGUGCUAGGAGUUUAAUUACUUUCACCUAAUUGUAAAGUGGUUAAUGUUCUCCAGAGCUCCUUGGUAUUUAACAUUAUCUAAUUUCAGAAAAUCAUAUAAAUGUCAAGGUUGUACAAUUUAGUGUAUUUGUGCUUUUCAGAAAAAUUAUUUCCGUUUUUACCACUAUUACAAACUAUUUUUAUUUUCUAUGAUCUGCUUUGUUUCUUGUUGCAUUUUUAGAAAAUAUGUUCAUUUUGGUUUAAAAAGAAUUCCUGAAUUAUAUCAGUACUUGUAAAUUCAUGUAUUCAAUAACCAACAUGUACUUUUGAUUUAACAAUAGUGACUUGGGGAACGCAACCAUUAUAAUUGUUAUUUUUAAAACAAUCUGCAUUUAUUAGAAUAAGUAUAAACAGUUUAGAUUUUUAUCAAUAACCAUUAGACAUUCUAUCUUGUUUGUAACACAGAUACUUUUUGUAAUUAAUCAAAUAGAUGUAGGAACUGAACAGAUAACAAACUUGAUUUUCUUCACUCUUUCGCACCACAAACACAUACCGCAAUAGUGAAUUGCAGUAGUUAUAAAAAUUACGUCUUGUUCAUUGUGAGUACAGUAAUUUUAUCGCCCCGCUUCUGCGGAAGACAAAAAUGCUUUAUUACACAAAGUUAUUUUAUACAUAUCAUCCCCAUUUUGGUAGUUCUUCUUUGUUAUUCGAAAUGCAGGGUAAACUCUUUAAUUGUAAUGAUUUAUCUAUUGUGAAUGUUGUGUUAUCCCAUUAUAAUGUAUGUAACCAACCGUUCCGUUGUAUAUAUCGCUAACUGUAUAAACAAUAUAUGAUAUUGGAUUUAUUAAAAUAUACACUUUUUAAUAACUAA